AGCCUGCGACUAGUGUCUUUGCAGCUAAGGGUGUGUGUUUACUCUGUUUGCUUUGGCCGUGCCCAUCGUCUCAGCACAUAACACACUCAGGAUGGCAGGGGACUGUGUUUCUGAGGGUCGAGACCUGGGAGAGAUGGGUGAGGAGGAACUUUGGGAAUUGAUUAAUGACAACCGCCACCGGAUCUCCUUGGGGGUGCGGCCAUGCAUCUUGAUCCCGUACCUGAGGCAGGCCAGGGUGCUCAGUGAGAUGGAUGAGGAUGAGAUUGUGUCCUGCCACAAUCUCACCAACCGCAGCAUGAGAACAAGCUAUAUGCUGGACCUGCUGAGGACCCAGGGGAGGAAUGGAGCUGUGGCCUUACUAGAGAGCCUGAUGAUCCACUACCCCACCCUGUACACCCAAGUGACUGGACGCAAACCCAGCACUGAACCUUCAAGAUUCAGUGGCCUGAUAAAGUACUCAGAGCUGACAGAGUAUCUGGUCAGAGCAGUAACAGGGAUGCAGAAGGAGCUCCAAGAGGCGCGUUGCGAGGCCAGCAGAAAGAGUGCACGCUGUGCCUCCCUGGAGAUGGAGAUUAGGCAGAUAAUGGAGCUAGAGGAGAAGUCCAGGUGCCUUCAGUCAGAGAAUGAACGCAUGCGGAGACAGCUGUGUUCUUUGCAACAUGAUGUCACGAAGCUAAAGGAUGAGAAGUGUGACUUGUAUAUGCGCUACACAGCAGCCAUCGAGGAGAAAUCAGCCGUGAACAUGCGCCUCCAUGACCUCAACCUGCAGAUGUAUCAGCUGCAGACUGAGCUGCAGAAGGCACAAACGGAGAAUGAGUUCCAGAAGCGGCGCUCGCUGAGAUGUGUUUCUGAGAAUCCACAACUGCAAGAAGAAGUCAGGAGUCUGCGCUGCCAGCUGGUGAAGGCAGAAAAACUUGACCCAGCUCGUCAGGACAUCCUGGCCCAGGACCUGGCUGAGGCCAUAGACAGCCAGGUGGAGCUGGCAGAGCAGCUCAGGUGUUACAGAGAGGAGAACGAACAGCUGCUCGCAGAAAAGAAAGGGCUCUUGGAUCAGAAGGAGAGCCUGAGCCUCCAGGUGCAACAGCUGACCCUGGACUGUAACAUGCACCAGCAGAAGAACACAGUGAUCCAGAACCAGAUGAAAGAGCUGCAGGCAGAGAGAGACCAAGCAUAUCUGUCAAGAGACGAGGCUCAGGCCAUGAUUGCCCGCAUCCUGGCUGAGAAGGACACCCUGAGGUGUCAGCUAGUGGAGCUCCAAGAGCUGGUCUUCAGCCUGCAGACCAAACGCAGCUCCAGAGCACAGCAAAGUUGUGAUGAGAUGAGCGAGGACUGCGAGAGCCCGGGAUCAGGAUAUGACGAGUCUUCACUAGCCUCAUCCAGAAUCCCCACCAGACGUAGACUUCGCCGCAUGGAUGCAGUCAAUCCCAUGUCACAGAUUUCUUGUAAUGCAGAGUGUGAAGAUGGUGCAGCAAGUAGUGUCCGAUCCCGAAAUGCAGAGCCCCCCAGUCCAGAGUCUCUCCGCAGAAGGGUGGAUACUCUGUAUGCAGCCAGAAGUUUGGAAACAGCGGAGACUGAAUCUCUAUUUGAUGACUUUGUGUUUAUCGCCAAUGUGGGGAGUGAUGACAAGCAGACACCCAUGCUCUCCUCUUCUGACGGCUCCAGCAGUGAUAGCCAGUCAAGAACCUCAGUCCCUCCCUUCCUGAUGCGUUCUCGCCCAAAAGCAAUUCGUGUCAACGGUCGUGUCCUCAGCAUCUCCCUGCAGGGGGAUGCGUUGCUCAGCCAGCUGGCAGUGGUGGGAGGCAAUAAGACCGGAGUGUUUGUGCACCAGGUGACAGAAGGUUCUGUUGCCCAUACUGUUGGCAUCAGCCCUGGGUCACAGAUAGUGGAGGUGAAGUAUGAGCAGAACCAGAAGGCUCUGAGGAUGGUGCUGGAAGAUUCCACUUUAGAGGAAGCUAUGUGGGCUCUCGGCCAGGUUACAGGCCUCUGUCACCUCUCCCUUCGGCCCAGACAAGAUGACUAUGAGGCACUGCUGCAGCAGCUGCAGAGCAGUAAGAAAUCAUCCGGAGAUUCCUUCUACGUACGUGUCAACAUGUCUCUCCCAGUUGGCCCCAAUGGAACUUUAGCUGUAUCCUGCAACGACAUCCUUCAUGUAACCAACACACGACCUGCUGGCACUGAGGAUUCAUGGCACGCCAGCCAAGUUCACCCCUGUCAGCUGCUGGACCUCCAGAGUGGAAACGUACCCAACUAUUACAGGGCACAGCGACUUCUGAUUCGAGCUAUUGAAGACAUGAACUUCCAGACAAAGAAACCUGUGAAGUUUGGGCGUGUGGUAGACCAGAAUAAGCAGAAGGCAGUCAGGAUUGUUGGCACCAGGCGCCAGGGCAGGAACCCACUGUGGGUCAGCGUGGAAGAUGACUUAACCAAGAGCUCAGAAUCAGGUGAUGCAUCUGCACCCAAAAGUUGUCUCACCCUGAUGCCCUACAGUCUUGUCACCCCACACUUCCCACCCAUCUGCAGGCCUGUCCUGCUGCUGCCCACCAUCCUGGGAAACAUCUUGAAUAAGAAGAUGGCAGACUGGCAGGGCUUUCAGCUCUGUGAGCCUGAGGUGCUGAGUGCCAGCGAGCACGCAGCCCGGCUGCAGAGGUCUGAGAUCCUGGAGGAGUGCGAGCAGGGAAGAAACUGCUGCUACACCCUGCAGAGUGUGGAGAAAAUCAUGAAAAAGGGGAUUCACUGCGUGCUGCCGUUGGGGCUGGACUGCGUGCGUCGUCUACACCGGGCCGAGAUCUUCCCUAUCACAAUCUUCAUUGGCCAGUCUGCACGAAGUGCACGGAAACUGAGGUCAAAGCUGCAGCGUCACAGCCAAUCAGAGGAGCAGCUGUUGGCAUGUUCCAGAAGUGAGGAGCCUCUGCUGGACAAGCUGCCGUGUCUGUAUCACAGCGUGGCUCCAGACUCCUGGUGUGACCAGGCCUCCCUGCUGACCACCCUACGCACCGUCAUCUGGGAGGAGCAGAAAAAGAUCGUCUGGGUAGAGCCUGACCUGUGGUGAAGCAGAGGAUAGAGAGCAGACAAGAAUCAGAGAAAACACAUCAAAUAUUAAAAUAAUAGGAAUGGUGAAUUCUCAAACAGCCUUUUGUUAACAUCAUGUUGAGAAUAUAUUGAGCUUUACAAUAGAUAUUUUUGUAAACACGAGUAUGUAUCUAUGAUACUUAGGAGUAACUGGGUGAAGUUCUAUAUUCUGUGUUUGAAGCUGAAGCAUUAUUGCUGUACCCAGAAACAUUUUUUGCUCUGUGUUGCCUCCAUUUUUGAGGCAUUUGUUUAAAGCAAACACUGGUGUCAGGUGUCUACUAAAAACAUUUACCACAAAAACAUACUGUAUGACUUGUAUGUGCUCCAUUUCUAUAAUAUGUUGUAGAUAAUGUACCACUGUGAGGGAUUACCUUUGACUCCUCUGGAUCUGUCAUCUCUUGUGUUUAUUUAGAACACUAUAGUCUUCUGUCAUUUUAAUUCUUAUUUGAAUUAGUAUGAGCUGGGACUCAUAUUAGGUGGAAGUGAAGAUAAUUUGUAACACAUUGGACAGUAAACAUCAGUCACUAUAUCUAUUCACAAUAGUUUGCACCAUGUCAGAGUGGAACUCAUGUGCAGGUGGAUUAUAGCCAGUUAAGAUUCUACAUCACGAGAGAUCUGUACACAGUAUGUCAGGUUCAUGGCAUGAUGUUACUGCAGUUCUUCUUCACAGGAGCUCCCCUCCUGUGUAUGCAUUAAUAAAAAUGUAGCUAUAUUUAAAGUUAUUUUUAUUUAAGUCUGAAUUCAAAUUUCUAGUUUUCUUUUCUUUUCUUUUUUUUCAAAACUUACAAAGAUGACUUUGUAGGACUUAAAGUUUGACUUGACUAGUGUAGGUAGAUAUAUUAACAGAAAUUGAAUAUAAUAUAAUAAGUAUGUUUUCUUUAGUGUAGAAUCAGCUGAAAAAAAGAAUCGCUGUGUUUUCCUGAUAUUAGAAUGAUCUGUUUGUAUUUACAUAGGGAGCAGAUCAUCAUAUGAUGGAGAUCACCAUGUUGCUGAGUCAUGUUGUUCUGCAGUAGCUCAGAACAAAUAAACCAAACACUGGCUUUAGAUUUCCGUGUCGGCCAGUAUAAUUAUAAGCACAUCUCCAGUGAGCUACAUCAAAAAAAAACACACGCAUUUGUAACAUGAAUCUGCUGUUUUAAUCACCUGAGGGACUGUACCAUGAGGCAUUAUCAGUGGGUUAGUAAAAUAUGUUUAGUCCAAAGUCAGAAAUCUCCAUCCUAUGAUUGUUGCUCUCUUUUAACUGCAGUACAUCACCAUGGGAACUUCUGCUGCAGACCUUGUCAGAACCAGUUUUCAUCAUGAGUUUCACCUUAAAAGCACUUUUUACAGCUCCAAAUAGUGUCAUUUGAAAGUAAAUUUCAGUCUACGGGUGAUAAAGGAUAUCAGCUGAGCGAAUAUGUUAUAGAUUAAUUUUUAUCUAACCCGUUGAGCUGUUACAUACAACGUUACAUAAAUGUGACUGAACAAAGCUCUGCAAUUAUAGUGGCGCUUACUGUAUGUACAGCAUCACUUUUUUGGCCUGUUUGUUUUGGAGAGGAGGAGACCUCUGCAGAUGAUUUAGCUCCCAGUAAAAACCUCCUGAACAAUGAACACUGAGGGAAUUCUAACCGGGAGAAGUUUCAGUUGGUUGCAAACUGCAAUCCUCACCACUGAAUCUCCCUAAAUCUUACAUACUUGAGUUAACCUUUGUAGUCACUACUCAGGUAAACAUAACAUGACUGAUUAAAGUCACUGGAAGCAGCUUCAUAAGCUAAUUUUUUACAGACUGCUUCAGGAGUAACUCACAAAGUAAAAUCCGCACAUUUGAUAUGGUGAUUGUGUGGGCUUGUUUAAAGUAGGCAUAUGAGGCAGGCAUAUAGAAAUAUCAGACAACUUUACAUGACUUAUGUAAAUUCAUUCUUACAGCCUGUUGGAAUUUAGUGUUUGAUUUUAGUAUAUAAAAUAGAUUAUUAACAGCUUUUGAGAAAACGUGUGCCAUGUUCACUUACUGAAAAAUGUGACGCCUGUCAUUGCUGACCUGGUAUAGAAACUGUCUCCAGAUUAAUCUCAGUUAUUUUCUGAUAAAAGACUCUGUUCUGAAAAUCCCUUUAAUCAUCUGAUAAAAUUCAGUUAGUAAAUGCCUAGAGGUAAUUCUUUACUCUAAAAAUCUUCUUCCUCGACUUUUCUGUUAUUUAGGGACUGUUCGUUAUUUAUGCAGGUUAGGGGGUAAUGCAAAAAAUGGGAGGCAUGUCAAAUAAUUUUUAAGCACUGGGUAGGGACUUAUGAUUUUUUUAUUUUGGUCAACUGUGCUUGCAGGUAUUAACAGCAGUCUUUCCUCAGGUGUGGUCCCUGAAAAUUUUAAACAUGCAGUAGUGCAACCUCUAAUUAAAAAAACAGGUCUAGAUUCUUCAGUUCUGGCUAAUUACAGGCCUAUUUCCAAACUGCCUUUCCUUUCAAAAAUCAAUGAAAAGGUUGUCUACAGUCAAUUAAUGUCCUUCCUGGAAGAGCACGAUAUUCUCGAGGUUUUCCAAUCUGGUUUUAAAACAUUGUACAGCACAGAAUCAGUGCUUUUAAGAAUUUUUAAUGAUAUCUUUUUAGCUUCUGAUUCCAGUGACUGUUAUUCUUAUACUUUUAGACUUAACUGCUGCUUUUGACACAGUGGACCAUGAUAUCUUGAUCUCACAUUUGGAAUAGUGGGUGGGCAUCAGUGGCAUAGCACUGGAGUGGUUCAGGUCAUACUUGGCAGAUCGAACUUUUUGUGUGAGCCUUGGUGACUCUGUAUCCUCCUCUGCUCCUCUGUCGUGUGGUGUCCCACAGGACUCAGUCCUAGGCCCUCUUCUCUUCUCUCUGUACUUGCUCCGGCUUGGUUCCAUACUGAGAAAGCAUGGUAUUUUAUUUCACUGCUAUGCAGAUGAUACUCAGAUUUAUAUGCCUCUUAAAAAGAAUGAAGCAUACUCUGUCAGUCCGUUACUUAAGUGUCUUGACGACAUAAAGGCCUGGAUGGCUCUGAACUUUUUAAAUUUUAACAAAAGAAGACAGAAGUGAUAGUUUUUGGUGGCACCACUGAGACCCUCUGUGGCUCGACAAUCAGAUCAAGGCAGUCGUUAAAUCAAGCUUUUUCCAACUGUGGCAGCUUGCCAAAAUAAAGCCAAUUCUUCCAAGGUAGCAAUUUGAGACAGUAAUCCAUGCCUUUAUCACCACUCGGCUGGAUUACUGUAAUGCACUUUAUGUGGGGAUUAGUGGGUCCUCCAUCAACCGUCUCCGGAUGGUUCAGAACUCUGCUGUGCGUCUUUUAACUGGCACACAUAAACAUGACCACAUUUCCCCCAUUUUAGCCUCACUCCACUGGCUGCCCAUACACUUUAGGAUACAUUUUAAAAUUCUUUUAUUUGCUUUUACAUCCCUAAAUGGUUUUGCCCCACCCUACCUCUCUGAGCUGCUGCAUAUGUAUUCACCUACCCGCUCUCUCAGGUCAGCUGAUCAGCUGCUCCUGAGUGGGCCAAAAACUAAGCGCAAGCUCAGAGGGGACCGUGCUUUUGCUGUGGCAGCUCCUAAAAUGUGGCACGAUCUGCCUCUGCACAUUAGACAGGCUUCUCUGUCUAUUUUUAAAUCUCUUCCUAAAACCCAUCUCUUCUCCCUGGCCUUGGAUACCCUGUAAGACGUUGAUUUUAUUUUAUUGUAUUGUUUGUUUUUAUUAUAUAGCUGUUUUUUUUUACAAAUGUUUUUUAAUUUAUUUUACUUGUAUUUUAUGCCUUGUGCAAGCUGUUUUGUCUUUUACUUAUUGUCUUUUAUUUAUUCUUCUGUACAGCACUUUGGUACUUGAAGUGUCAAGGAUUCAGUGCCUGGAAGUGGGCCUGUAGGCUCCCGACCUUGAACCUCUUGUCUUUGUCAGUUGUCCUCAAAUGUCGAUUUGGUAUCUUAGGCUCAGCUGCAAACACUUAAAGAAUCACUGGAAACAGGCAAAGUCCGAUGCAAUCAAGUUUAAUGUGUCAACAGGCUUUAACACAUACAACUUCGUGAGUCAAACCCCGGAGCGUGACUAAAAAUCUGUUUUCGGAGCCUUAGCUUAUAUGCUGGUGGAGAUUCAAAUGAGUCUCCACCUCUUUUUGCUAAUCCUUCCCACUCAGAACCAAUCCUAUUGGUGGAGAACUUUUCUUUGUGUCCAAUUCUGAUUGGGCCCAUUUUUAAUGGUGUAAUGCAGCCUGGAAUUUCCCAAAUUUCCUUCCCUUAGAUCUGGUUCCAUUUUCACUCUAUUUUUUAAAAAACAUGUGAAUUCUGGGGACUUUCUACACAGUCCACAGUGCUCCUAGUUUCAUGCAAGAUAAAACCUCAAGAGUACAAUAUGUGAGUGUGUGUGUGAGUUACAGCAGUUGAGUAUGUGUUUCAUCAUUAAACAAGACAUGGUGUGUUCUUUCAGUAUGCAUACAACAUUACACAGUCUGGUGUUAUGUGUACCUUGACAAUGUCUACUGCAGGUUUAAAGCUUUUAUAAUGCCUUAUACAUGAUUAUAUAGCCUUUUUUUGUUCCCCAAUCAACCUAGGUAUCUUAACCUUGUUACUUGAUUCAUUGAGCACAAACUUUUACACUACAUACUCUGUGGUUGUUUUAAAGUGCUUUACAAAUAAAGUUGGAUUGGAUUGGAUUGGAUAGGGGACUGGCAUUUGCAAUUAAAUCACUGUAAUUUGUGUUUAUUUUACUGGUGUUUUUUUUUUUUUUAAGAAAACAUGGCAAAAUCAGCAAAAUCACAUCAUUUAUUAUGGCCAGAAACUAUUUAGACAGAACUUUUUGUUAGAUUGUCAAAUUUCUGAUGGUCCUUGGACACAUUGUGCGUCCAAAUACUGUCAGACUUCCAUCAGAAAAAAACCUGACUAAAUCAGAACUUAGAAUUGUGAUAUUUCAUCAAAAUCACUUUAUUCUAUGUCUCAUUCAAAAUUUGGCCAAACCAUAAACCUUUGCACCAGCUAAUCAGCAUGCACAACAAGAGUGAAAAACUGAGGCUUUUUUCAUCUCCAGUGUUUCAUCUUCACUCUUAAAAUUUAACUUUCAAACAUCAAAGGGUGAGAUUUAAAAAUCGAAUGACGACUAUGGUGGAUUGACAAUUUUUGCCGGAGGGAGGGUCAUGCAUUGCUGCACAAACUCCGGAGCCUUUGUGCUCCACUGUCUCUCAGGUUAACUCAUAUCACAGCGGUGCCUGGAUAGUGUGAUGUGUGUGGUUGUGCUGCUGCCAUGGUCCUGCCUGAUGCUUCCUGCUGCUGCUGUUAUCAUUAGUCAUACUUCUACUGUUAUUAUACACAUAUGAUUAUUGUCACACAUGUAUACUGCCAGGUAUUAAUACAUACAUUCAACAUAUUGUACCACAGUAGCCAGAACUAUAAUUAUAAUAUAAUUACUUUCAUUAAUGUUGUUGUAAGAUACUGUCAUUACCUGCAUCUCUCUCUCUCUCUUCCUGAGGUUUCUACCAUUUUUUUUUACCAGUUUUUCC